AACAAGUAUUAUAAGCUUGUUAGCUGUAUUCUAACAUGCCUGAACCAGCGAAGUCCGCUCCUAAGAAAGGCUCCAAGAAGGCCGUCACUAAGACCGCCGCCGGUAAAGGAGGAAAGAAGCGCAGAAAGACCAGGAAGGAGAGCUAUGCUAUAUACGUGUACAAAGUAUUGAAGCAGGUUCAUCCCGACACCGGGAUCUCUUCUAAGGCGAUGGGAAUCAUGAACUCUUUCGUCAACGACAUCUUCGAGCGCAUCGCCGGUGAAGCGUCUCGUCUCGCUCACUACAACAAGCGCUCCACCAUCACCUCGAGAGAGAUCCAGACCGCCGUGCGUCUGCUGCUGCCCGGAGAACUGGCCAAACACGCCGUGUCUGAGGGAACCAAGGCCGUCACCAAGUACACCAGCUCCAAGUAGAGAUCCGCUCCAGCUCUACGAAACCCAAAGGCUCUUUUAAGAGCCACCCAUCUUCUCGUUUAAAGAGCUUGAUAUACAU